AAUUCACUUCUAAAAGAGAGUAGAUUUGUACAUGUCCUUUGUACCCCAUGGCCUGCUGUAUUAGACUGAUUCCCGGAGUUCUGAAAAGCGGACUCAGUAAACAUUCCUUAUACAGAGCAACAGUUAGAGGAUUCCAGACCAGCCAAAGAAUGAGUGAAGAACAAAUAGAAGAACUGAAGAAAAAUCCAUUUUUUGACAAAUAUGCGCACAAAAUUGCAAAAUUACAAGAUACUUCUCCUGAAGAGUUCCUAGCUCGCUUAUCUGCGCACGAAGACACUAAGAAAGAGCCUGUAGCGACUAAACAGAAGGAUUUCUCUUUACCAGGACGAGCUCGCGCUGGUGGAUCUGGAGGUGCAGGAGUUAAGACUCUAGACAAGGUUGUCAAGCUGGAGUUGUUGAAGACAAAGGAGAAGGAGAAGAUUGCUGAGAUCUGGACCCAAUACUUCAAAGACAAGGAUUCUAUCUGUGCAGUUAUCCCCGCAGAUACCUAUAAAAUUAUGCAAAAACGAUUCAAAGAAUUUGGCACGUUCCUGUUCCCUCUACCUCGUCAGAACGGAUACGAGUUUGUUAUGGUUCAAUUCCAGGGAAACGAGGCUCACUUCACUACACUAAUUAAUUUCCAGGCCCAUCAUGAGAAUGCUCCUGAAUGUUUGAGCCUGGUCCACUACACGGAGCUGAUGGACAGCAAGGGUAUCGUCCUUAUGGCUGGGGAGUAUGACAAGGACGCCCUGAGUAUAGCUGAAGCUAAAUGUUUGGCUGAUGAGGUUGAGAUCUACUACAGUCGACCUUCUCCUUCUAAACUUGAGCUGCUGAGGAAGUUCACUUAUGAACCAGCUUUCUUCCAUCAUAAUGAUCUUAUUAAAGAAAUUAAUACUUUAUCAAUUUAAACCAUAGAUUUUUCCAGUUAGGACAAGGGAUUUAGGUUUUUAUUUUGAAAUUUUAAAGCAUACACUCGCCACCAAAUCGCUUUGUGUAUUUAGUGAAUAAGUUAAAAUCUUAAAAUGGAACAAACAUCUCUCUUUUCCUACCUUACAGCUUUAACCUUCUUUGUUAAAUAUGUUUUUGAAUGUUGUUCAAUAAAUCGAACUAACAACUCGUCAA